AAUGCAUAAAAUCUAUUUACCUGAAGAGCUUAAAAAUAAUUAAUUUGUAAUUAUUUUUUAAUAAGUUUAAUAAUAUACUAUAUUUACAAUAAAUUGUUAAGAAGGCGAAUAUAUUAUUCCUAUCUAUUCUGGUUACGAUAAAGUAUUAACUAUUAACAAGGAAAAGAUAAAUAUAUAUUGUAAAGAUGAUCCUUUAAUUAUUUCUUAUACUGGCUUAAAAGAUGUUUUGUUAAUUAAGAACUUAUUUAAUGAUAAAAUAUAAGUUUACAACUUUAAUUUUGAUUAAGUGAUAAGUAUUAAUGCUAGGCAGUUAUUUUUAAGAAAUAAUACUAUUUAUUUACUUUUAUAAAGUGAAAAAAUAGAAAAGAUUUAAUCAAAUUUUGAUUUUUAAAUUGAAAACAUUUAUGGAUCAUUAGUUAAAAUAAGAUUUAAAAUUAAUUAAGAUUAUUCAAUUAAUUCAGAAAAUAUAUUGAUAAGAAUUUGCUGUAAUUAGAUUUAUGAAAAUCCUUUAGUGGUUUAUUUCAAAUAUUUGUAUGAACAAUAAAACUAAUUAAUUGAAAAUUUAGUAAUGUAAAAUAUACUUUUUGCAGAUCAAGAAAUAUUCUUCGUAUUUUGUUGGGGUGAUUCUUUAUCAUAAUAAUAUUAUAGAUACUCAGCUUUGCUUUAUGCAAGAAUAUAUACUGAAGAAGAACUUGAAACUUUCUAUCAAUAAGACAAUUAGUCUGCAAAAGAUAUGUUCAAAUUUACACCAAAAGAGGUAAAUUAACCAAUAAAAAGAGAGACCGAAUUAUGCCUUGUUCUAUUUAAAAAUUAAUUUGUUUAAUUAUCUGAAUAUAAGUUGUUUAUUAUAGAUGAUAUAAAUUACGUUUAAGUGAUAGAUUUAGAUUUCACUUAUCAAAAUAUUUAGCUUGUUGGUGUUUAAGAUAAAAUUAUUUAAUUUGAAUUAUUUUCAAAUGAUUAUCAUUUUUCUAUAAAUGACUAUAGUUGCAAGGGAUCAUCGUAGUUUUAUUCAAAUUAUAAAGAAGUGAUUAUCUUUUUUACUAGACUUGAAAAUGACUAUACAUUCGCUAUUAGAAAAUUAUAAAUAACUAUCAUAAAUUAAAAAGUUGAACUUUGUAAAAUAGAACAAGCUUUCGAAAUAGUAUCUUCUGAGUGGAUUGCAUUUCAAAUAGAAUAAAUGUUUUACUAUUAACUUACUGUUGAGAAUUAAAAAGAUAACUUUUAAAUCGACUAUUGGCUAUCGACUUAUGAGUUACUAUUCUAUAAAUGCACUAAAUUUGAUUAAAAUUUAAAUUCAAAUAUUGAUGGUGCAUUAACUCCAGAAAAUAGCAUUAUCAGAAAUAAAGAUUUUAAGUUUCUUUACUUAAAAGCUAGUCCAGGUUUCGAUAAUAAAAACAUUUAAUUCAAACUGAGAUAUUACAAUAAAAUAGAAUUCAUUAACCACAAAAGUAUUAGCUUUAGUAAGCAAACUUUAUCUCUUUAUUUAUUUGAUAUUAAAUACCAAAGAAAAGUGUUUAAGAUGGCUUAUUCAAAUACUUUGAAUUUUUAAAUUUCCAAAUGUUAAACUUAUACGAAAAGUAUUUAACAUAGACAAAAUAAUAUUAUUUAAGAUGAAUCUUAAAUAAAUUAAAAUGAUAUUAAAAAUUCUUAUAUUUUCAUUUAUCCUGAAAUGUGUGCUGAAUAACAUGAGUAUGACACUACAAGUUAGGAUUAAUGGCUAGAAUCAGAUAAAUUUUGCUUACAAAUAGAAUAAUAUUAUUAUUAAACUUCAUUCGGGGUAAUUUAAAAAGAAAAAGAAGAAAAAAUAAUUUAGAAAUUAGAAUUAAAUCAAACUUUUAACAUUUAACUAAAUUCUGAAACCUAAUACAUUAUUUUAGAAGUAGAAAAUAAAUAUGAUGAUCACUAUUUAUACUUAGAAUACAAGUCAAUCGAAGGUCAUCCAGUAUUUAUUGAAUUAAGAAAUUUAGUUAAUAAAACUUAGAUUUAGAGAUUUUACUUUCAAUAACAUCAAUAAAUUCAUAUGCUCUAAUUGUAAAGCUUAAAAUAUCUUGAAAUAUACAACUACUAGUAGAAUAAGAGUUUAGAUUUGAUUCUUAUACUAUCUAAAGUACAAUUUUAAAAUAUUAACAUUUAUCAAAAUAAAAUUUAAUUAAAUUCUUUAAAAGGACCAUUUUUGUUGCUUUUAAGUAGAUUUGAAAAUUAAAGUAUCGUGGUUUAUUUAUAAAAUAGUUCAAAUACAACAACAAAAAUCUCAGAGUAAGCCCUUGAACUUCAUUCUCCUAAAAAUAUUUAUAUUUUUUGUAGUAAUGUAAGCUAUACUAUAAAGCAAAUAAGCUCUUAAACAUAGUUAGAGAAAUAAUUUUAUUUAUUAGAAGUAUCGGAUGACAAAAUUAGUAUUUCUAUAAAUAAAAAUUAUUAUUUUGGAAAUAAAAAUAACGAAGAAGAAAGCUAAACAUUGCAAUUUUUUUAAAAUUAAAAUAUAUUCAAAUUUAAAAUUGAUAAAUUAUUAUUUGAAUCGAUGAAAGGUUUUAACAUUUAGAAUUUGCAAAAUAAAUACCUUUAUUUUUUAUAUUCGAAAAAUAAGCUGUCUUUGGUUUCAGAGUACUUAAAUGGUGUAAACUCAGUAAAUUAAUAUCAAAACUUAGUUGUUCUUAAGGAAAAAGUAUUGGAAAUAAAUUAAAUUGAUUAAGAAUAUGAGAUAACCACCACUUAAUUUUAGAAAUCUUAAUUAAAUAUUUGGAGUAAUUAUGAAGUGCAGUAAUACUUUAGGAUAUACAUUUAAAUUAGCAAUUCAAGCAUGAUUAUUCCUAUUAGCCAAAUUUUUUAAUAGCCAAGACAGCUUAAUACGAAAAACAAGCUCUAUAAAAUCCAAUAAUAAAUAUUUAUUUUGGCUAUAAUUUUAAUAAUUUUGCUACUGCUAAUUUAUACAUUUCUUAUUAAGAUCAAAAAUCUUUAAAACAAUUCAAAAUCUUUAUGA